AUGUCCAUGUCAGGUCAUGACAUAAAACUGGAGGUAUGCGUGGACUCGAUUGCAUCUGCAUUUGCCGCCGAGUCUGGGGGAGCGUCGCGCAUUGAGCUGUGUUCGGCGCUGGGCGAGGGCGGCCUCACACCGACCGUCGGCACGCUGAAGACCCUGAAGGACUCGUUUACGCUGCCAAUCUUCUGCAUGCUACGGCCCCGCCGUGGCACGGACUUCCUGUACAACGAGGAGGAGAUGCAGGCCAUUCUCACGGACAUGGAGCUGUUGCGGGAGCACGGCGCCGACGGCUUUGUCUUUGGCGCGCUCAACCCAGACCGGACCAUUGACGCCAACAAGUGCCGGCAAGUGAUGCUGCAGUCGGGUGGCCUGCCCGUCACCUUUCACCGGGCCUUCGAUCUCACCGACCAGAAGCGCAUGCACGAGCAUGUGGAGCUGCUGCGGGAGCUGGGCUUCAAGCGCAUCCUGAGCAGCGGCUUUCGGCCAUCGGCAGCUGAGGGAGCCGACUGUCUGGCCCAGUUGAUUGCCAAACAUCACAGGGACAUCAUCAUAAUGCCGGGCGCUGGCAUUAAAGUGGCGAAUCUAGAGGAGAUCCUAACAGUCAGUCGGUGCCUGGAGUUCCACGCCUCCGCCAUGGACACGGCCAGCGAGGACUACACAGCUCCCACCACGACCCGCAUGGAGUGUGACGUGACAAUGGGCAAGCAGGACAUCGAUCCCUACUACGGCACCAAUGCGAAUGUUGUGCGCAAAAUGGUAACCAUAGCCAAUGCCAUGAGUUGUCGCUGA